AGCUGGUAAGCAGCAAAGAAGACACAAGAGCUAAAAUCACUAUGUGGAGCUGUGAAGCCUUAAACAACAGUACUGAGAACAGUGAGGACCAGCAUCUCUGCCAUGACUUCCACCUCGUGCUUUCCAUCUUUUCCCUACUCUACCUCAUUAUAUGUUUCCCAAUUGGCCUUUGUUACAAUGGCUUGGUGGUCCUAGUUAACCUCUACAACAAAGCUACUAUGACUAUGCCAGAUGUUUACUUUGUCAACAUUGCCAUCGCUGGGCUCAUCAUCAAUGCUCUGGCACCAAUGUACCUCCUAGGUCUUGCCAACACCAAAUGGGCCAUCUGGUAUUCUAACAAUGAAGUUUAUAUCACCUUACUUAUCUUAUUCAAUGUCUCCUCUUUAGUUACCAUGUACUCUACUACACUGCUCAGUCUGGACUACUACAUCGAACGUGCUCUCCCUAGGACUUACAUGUCAAGCGUGUACAACACCAAACAUGUUUGUGGAUUCAUCUGGGGUGGUGCCAUGCUUACAAGCUUCUCAUCUCUCCUGUUCUACGUCUGCAGUCACGUAUCCACUAAAAUAAUUGAAUGUUCCAAGAUGCAGAACAAGGAAGCAGCAGAUGCCAUCAUGGUUUUCAUCGGGUACGUGGUGCCAGCCAUCGCUGUACUGUAUGCACUGACGCUGAUCCUGAGGAUACGCAAGGAGGCUACACCACUGGAUCAGGACACUGGGCGACUGGAUCCGUCAGUGCACAGGCUUCUGAUAGCCACAGUCUGCACACAGUUCACACUGUGGACACCCUAUUACGUUAUCCUCUUGGUAAGCACGUUCACUAAUGCACAAAUAAGAAUUGUAGACGAAAAUUACCGUCGGAUAUUACAUUUUACCGAGAUUUUAUCCGAAUUCUUGGCUUUCUCCAGCAGCUUUGUAAUGCCCCUGCUCUACAGAUACAUCAACAAAAACUUCCCCAACAAAUUACGACGUUUGCUUAAAAAGAUACACUGUGGGAACCAAGGGUGUUCCCACGAACGCACAGUGGUACAGCAAGUCAUGACGUAGGUGUGACAAACCCUUGGUGCUCUGUUACUGCAGCACUCGGUGUUCCAGUGCUGGGACUGUGGUAUUGCUGUGUUGGCACUUGGAGACAUUCAUGUGAGAGUCCCAACCAAGAGGCUGGAAGGAGCUUCCACUGCCGCUCAACGAAACAGUCUUAAUUUUCACGCAGUUGUUUGCUGAGGUCUCGUGAGGCUCUGGCCUCUGUGUGCUGCGAUACCUGUGACAUCUGAAACCUUCAGUGCACUGAACUGGUUACAAAGCAGGAACUCUGUGUUCAUGGCUUUAAUCUUCCUGGCUGAAGAAAUCACUAAGUCUUGACUGAAGACACAGCACCUUGUAUCUUGUACAGAAAAAGGUAUUACCUUGUUUUCUGUACAAAGAAGUAAUAGUGCUAUCCUUGAUGAAGUAAAUAGCAUUUUUCAAUGAAGAGUACAUAGAUGAUCUUUACUAAAGAUCAUAUUAUCCAAUUAUACAUGUCCAAAUAGUAAAUGUUAAUUAUAAAUUAAAUUAUUUAAUUUCUUUCUCCAUCAUUGAAUCCCUUCUAAAAGAAGUCUAAUUUACCAUUUUUGGAAAUUAUUUUCUCACACAAACUAACCUGUUUUAACAUUUUAUGGUAAACUGAUUUAUUUUUUUCCCUAGCUAUAACAAUUAACAAAAGUGUGUUUUAAUUUUCCAGUGCUUUGUGUGCAUCCUAAAACAUUUCAAGAAUUCAGAAAUAUUUAUUAACUAAUUCUAAGGGAACUGAGAGAUGUUUGUUCCACAUAGUAAAAUGAAGGACACGGUGGUUUACAAAGUUAAAUCAGAAUUUAACUGGUAAAGAUUGUCUGGCUAAGUGUUAUGGUCCACAUAUGUUCAUGUAACAAGAGUAAUUAUCUUAAAAAAUAAAUACGUUUAUGAUUAA